AAUGAUUAAUUCAGUAUGUAAAUUAGAAAAAAUGAUUAUUUUCUAGCUCUCUUAUUAGAGCAUCCAUUAAGAGUUGAGAUUCUGCUAAAACUAAAACUGUUUCUUUAAUUUGUGAUGAUGAUGACAACAACAGUUGCAAAUUAUGUCUAUUAAUGGCAAAUUUCAUUAUGGUUUUCUCUCCUACAAAAGCGGGAAAAUCACAAAACGUAGAUAAGAACAAAACAUUUAUAGCACCUAAUAAAUUUGGAGGAAAGAGGAACAAAAAAAAAGAGAAAAAAAACCUAAAUUUGUAAAGAAAAAAAAAAAAAAAAAAAAAAAAGAGAAAGAAGAAGUCUGGGACAGGGGAGUCCCAGAAGAAAAAAGAGUUCUUUUUUUUUUUUCCGGUGACAGUGUCGGUUCUCUGACGCUCCCCUUUAUGUUCAAUCUUUCUUUCGUCUUUCCCUGAAUGACUUCACUUAUAGUCAGGGUACGUUCAUAUUCCUCUUCUUUUUAUCCGUUUCAGAAACUUGCGGCGAUUCACAAUUGGAGGAGUGAGGGAUUAUAAGGUACUAAUACUAAUGGAUUCAAAGAACACCAUCAGAUCCCCGUGUAUCAUCAAAUCCGAUUUGCUUGCUGUCCUGGCGGUGAUUUGUCUUUUAAAUGAUUGACGAAUUCAUCGAAGAAGAGUUGCCGCCAUUAAUCUGAUCAGCCAAAAAAAAAAAAAAGUUUGGCAUGAACUGUAUGUCCGUGGCUUUCGAUCCACUAACCGACCAGCUUGCGCAGUUUAGCCGAUCUUCACAAAGAUGCAGACUCCAAUCGUUAACCAACCUCGACUUUAACUUUCUUGGUUUCAACACUAAACAAACCAAUAUCCCUGCUUCUUCACAUUCCUUGAACCACCGAAGUGUAUCUACUCCAUGCUUCUCCAUAUCCGGUAGUAAUCUAGAUGGCUCUACUGCUCCGCGCAUUGAGAUUCUCGGUGGUCAAAGAGUCCCCACUGUACGCGCCCUUGUAGCUGAAGUAACCAUAGCUAUGGUUUCUGGAGCUCAGCCUUUGCUUUUACCAAGUGGUUUAGGAGGUGCUUAUCUCUUGCAAACCGGAAAUGGUCACAACAUUGCGGUUGCAAAGCCAGUAGAUGAAGAGCCUUUAGCUUUUAACAAUCCUAAAGGAUCUGGUGGAUUGACGCUAGGACAACCAGGGAUGAAACGGUCAAUCCGCGUUGGUGAAAGCGGAAUCCGUGAAUUGGCUGCUUACCUUUUAGACCACCAAGGCUUUUCCGGGGUUCCACCAACUGCAUUGGUCAGAAUCUCGCAUGUUCCGUUCCAUAUCAGUGAUAGUGAUCACGCCGCCUGUAAAGUUGCUUCUUUGCAACGAUUUGUGGGUCAUGACUUUGAUGCAGGAGAGCUUGGAUCAGGAAGCUUCACGGUUGGAUCUGUCCAUAGGAUUGGCAUACUUGAUGUGAGAGUCUUGAACCUUGACAGACACGCUGGAAACAUGUUGGUGAAGAAGAUACAUGACCAAGAUGAGAGUACUUGUUAUAAUGGAGUUGGAGCCGCUGAGCUCGUGCCUAUAGAUCAUGGUCUUUGCCUACCCGAAUGCCUUGACGAUCCUUAUUUCGAAUGGCUUAACUGGCCUCAAGCUUCGGUGCCAUUCACCGACACUGAGCUUCAGUAUAUAUCAAACUUGGACCCUUUCAAAGACGCAGAGCUUUUGAGAACCGAACUAGGCUCAAUACAGGAAUCUUCCCUACGGGUUCUCAUCGUCUGCACGAUAUUCUUGAAACAAGCUGCUGGUGCAGGGCUUAGUCUUGCAGAGAUAGGAGAGAAGAUGACUCGGGACAUCUGCAGAGGGGAAGAGAGUACUAGUGUGUUGGAGAUUAUUUGCAACAAAGCAAAAGCAAGCGCGGUUAGUGGAACUGACGAUGAUGAUUAUAGUAGUGAAUGGAAUGAAGUAGAAGCAGAACUAGAGUGUGGAAUUUUUCAGUUUGACGAUGAAGUUGAAUGCAAAGAGCUUCCAGAUAUGUUACAAGUGCCUUUAUUUACAAGAGUUCCAUCCAUUGCUGCGAAUCUAUCCGCUCUCAUGCGGUGUCCACCAAACCAGUGGAUUACUACAUGUGACACUAACAGAGAAGAGGACAGGAGAGAUCGGAGUAUCGUGAGGAGCAAGAGUCACCCGAUAUGUGUGAAUUAUGAUGAGAAAGAAGGUGUUCAUUUUGGGGACAUGAGUGGAGAUGAAUGGGAGAUGUUCUUGCAUAGUUUCCAGAUGCUUUUGCCAGAAGCACUUGAAGGCUCAACAAGCAAGGGGCCAAAGCCAAGAUUUGGAUCUUCCUGCAAAUUCUAAUGAAACAAUACUAAAAGAAGAGAGAGAGAGAUGAAAUCUCGCAAGGUUAAGAUACAUAGAAAGCAAAUGGAAUAUGAGACGAGCAAGCUAAGGCCGUCCAAUCCAAAUUACUUGUUAGCUUCUUCUUUCUGCAGAUUUCUUUAUUAUAUGAUGUAUCACUUCAUUGCUAUUUGCUAAAACACUAAGUAUCAUAAAUAUCUACAAGAGAAUGAUUGGUGUAA